AUGGAUGGAUAUAUACCUAUUCUAAAUCCAGAACAAAUCACGCCUGAACGUGAUCGACACUCCCAACGCGAGCAUGACAGGCUCAAUCGACUUCAAAUGACUUCUCCUACCAGGCGCAAUCGUCGUCGUGCUGCCCAUGAUAAUCAGGACAGGCCUCUGCCUCCUGCACCACAGCCAAAUUUCAUGCCGGCUAAUGUGCCACAAGCAGGACCCGUUCCACGACCUUUUGCUUGGCAACCUCCCCCUCACUUUCCCUUCCCUAAUCAUCUGUGA